AUGGCGAUGCCCAAGCUAGCGCUGAGUGACUGCCGGCUGCGACGGUUCACCGCCGAAGAGGCGCGGACGUGCCUCGCGGGCCGGCCCGUCGUCUUCGUCGGCGACUCACUCUCCCGCUACUCCUUCCUCUCCCUGGCGGCGUUUCUGCACAACGGCUCCUGGCCAGCCCUGACCGACUGCCCCAACAUCCUGCACAAGCAUACCUGGGCAAUCAGCCUCCAAGGUUACUUCCAGAGAUCCACCGACGCGUUUCAGGGCCGCAUGUUGUGCGACUGCACAACCACAAAGGACGAGUCUCGCACUUACGAGUAUCCCAGGGCCAACCUGUCUCUGUACUUCAAAUGGUGGACGGGCUGGCCCUAUGAAGUGCACGGCCGCUGGGGCCACCCGCCCUUCCGCAACGCCACCCCCUGCCGCACCCCUGCCUGCUACGGCUCGGGGUGCAGCACCGAGCCUGGCGAGUGCCGCCACGAGCACGACUGGAGCCUGCCGCUGCCCACGGCGCUGCGCCAGGUGGUGUCCCAGCUGAGCCCUUCUGCCAUCAUCCUGAACUCGGGCAUGUGGCGGGGCACGUCCAAGGAGAGCUCGCCUCCCAGCUUUGCCCGCGCGGUGGCCAAGGCGGCGCUCAAGGCGGUGGCGCCGCAGCGGGGCACGGUGGUGUGGCGCACCACCACGCCAUCGCUGAGGCUCAACGUCACGCACGCCUGGGACGCCCCCUUCCUGGCGGCGCCGCGCCUGCACGUGCUGGAUGCGUGGCAGAUGCUGCGCCCGCUGCUGGCCUACCAGCCCGUCCCGUACUACGACCACUACCACCCCUGGCCAGAGGUGUACACAGAGCUGAACACUGCACUGCUCAACAUGCUGUGCUGA